AUGGGAGAUCUAAUGAAAAGACAAUUUAACAUACUAGAUCUAUCUGGGCAUAAAUUUUUAGAAUGGAAGGUGGACGCCCAAAUGAAUUUAAAGGCCCAGGGAUUGGAACAUACAAUUCAAAGUAUCACGGCCCAACAAAAUGAUGCAACUACAUCAACCACUUCAGUUAAAAUAGCAACUGAACAAGAAAAGGCAAAAGCCUUAGUCCUUCUCAGGCAUCACUUAUAUGAUAGUUUGAAAACUGAAUAUCUACUUGUGGAUGAUCCCAAAGAAUUAUGGGACAGCUUAAAUGAAAGAUAUGGGCAUCACAAAAGUGUGCUCCUCCCUAAGGCACAUUUUGACUGGACAAAUCUGAGAUUCCAGGACUUUAAAACAGAGAUGAUAGAUAAAACACUCUCCACUUUCCAUGCUACGAAUAUAAUAUUGGCACAACAAUACAGGUUAAGAGCUUUCAAAAAAUACUCUGAGCUAAUCUCGGUGCUGCUUGUGGCUGAACAGAAUAAUGAUCUUUUAUUGAAAAAUCAUAAUCUCAGACCUACAGGGUCUUCAGCCUCACAUGAAAUAAAUGCAAUAGAAAGCUCCGAUCCACCAGAAGCAAAUGCUGUACAUAGGGGUGGACGCGGUAAUUACAACGGUCGUGGGAGAGGCCGUGGUAAUUAUCGUGGCCGAGGGCGUGGACGUGGUAGAGGCCAAUUUUUCCCGAGAAACAAUAAUUUUAAAAAUUUCGGAAGGGGACAACAAGGAAAUUACAAGCAAAACCCAAAAGGGAAAGAUGCAUGUUACAGAUGUGGUAUGACUGGGCAUUGGGGCCGCACUUGCCGCACAGCCAAACAUUUAGUAGAACUCUACCAAGCUUCCAAAAGAAAAGGAAAGGAUGCGGAAGCCAACUUUGUCAAUGAGGCAAAUACCUCCAUGCCCAGCCUUGACAUAUCUGACUUUUUCAUGGAUGAAGCUGACUCGGGAAAAGACUUUACCCUGGGAGAAAACAACGAUGUUUAG